AAAUAGCUGGACAGGCGCUUCCCAUUCAACCAAGAUGGCGGAAACAGAAUUUAAUGUUGACAGCCUCAUCGGGCGACUUUUAGAAGCCCGAGGGCGCCCAGGGAAGACAGUUCAGAUGACAGAGGCCGAGGUGAGGGGACUCUGUCUGAAGUCCAGAGAAUUGUUCCUAAGCCAGCCUAUUCUUCUAGAAUUAGAAGCUCCCUUGAAGAUUUGUGGUGAUAUUCAUGGCCAGUACUCGGACCUACUUAGGCUAUUUGAAUAUGGUGGCUUCCCACCUGAGGCAAACUACCUCUUCCUUGGAGAUUAUGUAGACAGAGGAAAGCAGUCCUUAGAAACGAUAUGCCUACUUCUUGCCUAUAAAAUCAAGUACCCAGAAAACUUCUUCUUGCUAAGAGGGAACCAUGAGUGUGCGAGUAUCAACAGAAUAUAUGGAUUUUAUGAUGAAUGUAAAAGAAGAUAUAAUAUAAAGUUAUGGAAAACAUUCACAGAUUGUUUCAAUUGUCUUCCAAUAGCAGCAAUCAUAGAUGAGAAAAUUUUCUGUUGUCACGGUGGUUUAUCUCCAGAUCUCCAAUCAAUGGAACAGAUUCGUCGCAUCAUGCGCCCCACAGAUGUGCCAGACACCGGCCUCUUAUGUGACUUACUCUGGUCUGAUCCUGAUAAAGAUGUCAGUGGUUGGGGAGAAAAUGACCGAGGUGUCUCAUUCACAUUUGGUGCAGAUGUCGUAGCCAAAUUCCUGAAUCGCCAUGAUCUUGAUUUGAUAUGUAGAGCUCACCAGGUAGUUGAAGAUGGUUACGAAUUCUUUGCCAAACGUCAACUUGUGACAUUAUUCUCUGCACCUAAUUACUGCGGAGAGUUUGACAACGCCGGUGGAAUGAUGUCAAUUGAUGACACAUUGAUGUGUUCUUUCCAAAUUCUCAAGCCAUCAGAGAAGAAAGCCAAAUACCAGUAUGGCGGUAUUCACACUGGACGCCCCAUCACGCCACCACGUGGACCAAAUCAGAAGAAGAAGUAGAUAGUAUCGUUUCCACUGAUUGCUUCAGCUACUGUCAGUCAUUGGUCACCUUGUCAGGACUAAGUGUGCACAACCAAUUGUGCAAAUAACAGCAUCUUUUCAAUGAGGCUUAAAACUCCAAAUUUUCUGCAUGCGAUAGCACUCAUUACUCUGAUACGCAAUAUCAAACUGAUUUCUAUUGCAUGUUGCAGUGAUUACCCCUGCAGACCAUGCAAUAAAAGUUGCUUGUCUGCAGUGUGCCUGCGGACAUGAAGGAAAUUUGACAUGUUUCCUUUACAUUUACCUUUACCAGUAGAACCCCUCUCUAUUAGGGACACCUUGGGACUGACGAAUUCUGUACCUGGACUAAUUAGAGAGAUGUCCUUAUUAUAGAGUUGACCAACUUGGGACAAAACACUUCAUUUGAUUUUGUCCUACUCAGUCCUGGCAAGGUUUAAAGUUUUUGCAGUAAAUUCGUUUUGAUGAAUCUCAAAACCAAAUUCCUUAACAAUGAUAAGGUUAGAAGAUAUUUAGGUCAUUUUCUCAGAUGUAAAAAGCACUCUUAUAAGGUGUCAACAUUAAUUUCUGGGUCUUUUUUCCGCCAAACUAGAAAUAUAUGAAAGACUUAUCAUUUGUGCAAAAAGCUAUCACUUUGCUUUGAAGGAAUUGGUUUUUUGGUUUGUCUGAAGUUAUUAUGUCGCCUCCGUUUUUGCCAGGGUAACACUUUGUACUAGGCUGCUUUCAAGAUCUUAGCCCCCACUGGUGGAUCUGAGCUGUAUUGUGGGGAACAAAAAUGGUUGACUUGUGAGGUCAGUCUUUGUGAUCCAUAUUUCAGCAAAGUUUACGUAGGCACUUCACCACAAGAGGUGCUCAUCUGAAAAGUGGCAAAUUCUCACAGAGUCAAAGAAACAGAGCUGUCUUCCUCUUCGUUGAAUUGAACAAUAUUCUGAGGUUUGAUUGGAAGUACUGACAUUUCAGGCACUUGUGAGUAGUUUUGAAACUGAUCAGUUUUUGAGGCUCUUAGCUUUCUGCAUGACCCAUUUCUCAUCCAUUUAUUGGAUCCUUGAGCCAACUGAUGUCCCUAUUUCUGAUGUAUAAAUCUACUUGUUACCAAGUAUUCAAUCUUGUGUUAGCAGAUAAAUUGUUUCAAGACGUUUGUGUUUUUGUAGUAUCUGUAUAUAUAAAAUUUCAUCGUGACUAUUGUUGCUGUCAGUUCGAGGGUUUCCACCAGGAUUUAUGUUUUGUAACCAUUUGGUGAUUUUGACCAAUAUAACCAACUAAUAAGAAAAUAAUUUGGUAUUUAUUUCAUUGCUUUUUUCCCAUUACACAGUGUUUGUUACCAGUCUUGUACAUUUACAAGUACAAGUAUCAGUUGAGUUCAUUGAAAAAUUUAAUGUCUCAUUUUGGUACUGCAAUCAUGUGUUAAAAUUUCUUGAACUUUAUUUUAGAUGUCCAUGCUUUGUACAUAGGCAAACACCAGUAUCGCUCUUUAACUAUGCAAGCCACUGUAGGGCAUUGAGGGCAGGUAUUGUCGGUACUAUAAGUUCAUGAAGUACAAGUUUGUACUGGGCAGUUUUUGAAACAGAAGUAAAUUCUGCAUUUGAGCUUGAGUUAUAAUGCAGUUGAAUUUUAAAUCCUGGUACAAGUAAUUGGUAACCAUUUAGAUCUGGUCUAUUGAAAUAUACUCUGUGAGACCAUUUUCUGAGGUAUUUUUAGCUCUAAUCCUUAUUCCAAUCUUUAUGUUAAACCAAUGAAGAGAGAGUUGCAGUAGAAUAGAAAUUAAGAAGCGAUGCCGCCACUGAAUGGCUAUUCCUUCCUUUGAUUCAAGCAAACUUGAGCAGAAUAUGAAAAAUCUAGCAAAGACGAUUAUAAAUGAUGUAAGUUUUCUGUUUUUACUUCUUAGUAAUUUCAUGUUGUAUGUAUACAAAGCCGUAUACAAUGUAGGAGGUGGGAGUCUCGUUUGAAGAUAGUAGCUAUUUAUAUUGUCGUGAACUAUGCUAAUGGUCACAUUUUACUUUCUGGGGUUCAUGGUGCUAUUAGCUUGAACUCUCUCGGCAUUCUGGAUAAGAUUCAUCUGUUGCUAAGUAAAAUAACCUCUUUGCAGGUCUUUUCUGAAAAUCAAAGUCAGCUAAAUGAAGAGUAACUCUGCCAAUGAAAGUUAUAUUUGGCAUAAUUAUUGUGCUUUGUUUCUCAAAUUGUUGUUUUGUUUGUCUUGUUGUACUUAAAUUGUCCCAUGUCUUUGUGAGAAAAAUAGUGGUGAUCGUCAUGCGGACACCUUGAAGGGGGAGUAAUGGAUAUCUGGUAAAACCCAUGAGCACCCAAGGUAUUAAAGAAAGCCGACUUCAUUUGCAAGUAUAGAACAUUUUUGCGACUUCUUGUAAGCAUUGUUGGUCAAUAUGCACGCCAACGCACUUCAAUCUUUUUGACAUUGCAAGAUUUUGUAUUUGAAGAUGUCCCAAAACGGUUUUGUAAUCACUGUUUGGUUUGGUUUGGUUUUUGAAAAAAUUAAAUAAACUUGUUGAUUUUGUGUAGUUUUCAUUUGGUGCCUAUGUGAAUAGUUUUGAGAUACAGGUACAUGAAGGUCAUCUGGAAACUUUGAAGUGUACAGAUGUUUUAACUGUAAAUGAUUGUAGAUUUAUUGUUGUUAGAAGUUUUGUAAUUAUGCAUGUUGCUUUGUAAUGUAAAUCAAAUUUAGAUUGUUUAUUCUUGAAUCUUUGUGGAUAAGUUUAUAGAGCAAAGGUUUUUGUUUUACUUGAACAGUUUAACCCUUUGAAGACUGAAUAAAGGAAACAUUUUUCUUUCAAUUCAAUAUUCUAAAACAUGAAUUUAAUAACCUUAAUUUGUUUUUGAAUCAUUUAUCCAUUUCAAUCAAAUCCAUCAUAUCAAGUACAUGUAUGUAUAAAGAAAAGUCUUUAUGUAUUCUUGAUGAAAUUGAUGAUAUACAUGUACGAAAAAUGGGUUAAUCAAAUACCUUUGUUGUUUUUCUAAUGAUACAUAGUUUCUGGUGUUCUUCAUUCAUAUUUAUAUCAGUUUCAAUUGAUGGUAUCAAUAUUUCCAUGUUACAUCUUUUAUUUUGGAAUAUUCUCAAAUAUGUCCCCUUUAUUCUCCAACUUCCUGUCAGUUGUAAAAUGUAAAAAAUUAAUGGUGUGGUGAUGACACUUCUUAGUGAUUCAGAUCGCCUACCUGUGUUCCCUCCCAAAAAAGGUAAUAGGUUUUUAAUUCUUCACAUUAGCUUGGCCUAUGCAGCUGUAGUUGUGCUGAAUGCAUGCUUUACUUUAGGUUGCAUGCAUGCCAUUGGUUCACAAAUGCUAUUUAUAAACAACAUAUCCUCAUAAAACCUGCAUUGAACUACAUGUACCCCAAUGACCAAAUAUACAAAAAGGUAUCUGAAAUUGAAAUUGUUUUUAAGAAAGUCAGUAAGGUUCUUUGAUAUGAUCUCUUAGUUUUUCUGACUGAAAUGAUGGUUAAAAUAUUGUAGACAUUAAAGUAUUUCAUGACAAACUUUGUCUCUGAGGCAGGAAAACAAUUACAACUGUCUAAAGUCUCCCAUUCUUGUUUUAAGUUGAAAGCUACUGAUACACUACAAGUGCUGAUUGGAGUGUUUGGAAUUUUAUAUUGUUUAACUCUAGUUCAACUUUUUAAUAAAAGUUUAAUGAAUGCA